GGGCCCGAGCCGCAGGAAACGAGCUUCCUUGCCAGGAGGAGCCUGAGCCGCGGCUCGCUGCGGGUGAAGCGGCGGGCCGGGCCGCUGGGAGAGGGAGACCCGCCCGGCGUUUCAGAUCAGCUGCAGGUGCUGCUACUCCUCCACCAUGGCAGCGUACCUGGGUGCCAGCCAAGUCCUCCAUGAAACAUUGGGGUUGCCCUCCCAGGAGCAGCCAGAGCGCCGUACAGUGUCCUGUGGGGAGGACUUUGUUUAUGGUGAAGAGGAUUUUGUUCUGUGUGGGGUUGGGUGGUGGAGAAGCAGGUCAGAGGGGCCAGCAAGCCACACCAUGUCUCGUUUUGACAGAGCUUUGCAGUCCAGCUGGGAGGAAAAGAUGAAGCUGGGUUUGUUCAGGUACCACCUGGGGGAGCUGCAGACCCGUAUCUUGCCUGGGAAUGUCCGGUUUGUGGCCCAGCUGAACAUCCAGAGAGGUCUGGAGAGGAGGAGGCCACAGGACAUCCAGAGUAUCAGGCAGAAAUUCGACCCCCAGCAAUUCCACUUCAAUAAGAUCAAACCAGGGGAAAUCCUCUUCCAUAUGGUCAGGGGCCCUACUCCCCACCAUCCCAGCAGGGGGUGCUCUCAGUUCCAAGGCGGCCCGCCGGACUCCAAACUCCCAGGGACACUUGACUGCAUCCUAGUGGUGAUUAACGUCAGCCCCUUGGAGUUUGGACAUGUGCUCUUUAUUCCAGACCCCGCUCUCUGCCUGCCUCAGAUUCUCACCCAGGAGCUGCUCCAGUUUGGGCUGGAGUCGGUUCUUCUCAGUGCCCACCCAGGCUUCCGUGUUGGGUUUAACAGCCUCGGAGCCUUUGCCUCGGUCAACCACUUGCACUUACACGGAUUUUACCUGGAUUGGGAGCUCCUGAUUGAGACGGCCCCAGGCGAACUCCUGUGCCCCACACUCAACUUCCACUUCCUGCGGGGAGUCCCAGCCCCAGGGUUCCUGUUCUACAGUGAAGGGGAGGGCCUGGAGGCCCUGGCACACAACGUCUGCCGAGUCACUGACUACCUGGUGGAUAAAGAGAUUGCACACAACGUGUUUGUGACCCGGGGAACUGCUCCUGGGGAGCCAACCCACUCAGAGACCCGCUCUGGAAUCCGGGUGCUCAUCUGGGCCAGGAGGUCCUGCUUUGGGACCAAAGAGGAAGCUGCAUUUAAUGUGGCACUUUGUGAGCUGGCUGGGCACUUGCCCAUCAAAACUGCCCAGGACUUCCAGAGCCUUACAGAGACAGCAGCCAUUCACAUCAUCCAGAGAUACCUCCUCCCUGAGCCACAGCUGUCACAGCUCCGAAGCCAGUUGGUGACACUUCUCACAGAGUAACCACACGGGCUCUGCAUUGCACAUGGUGUCGCGCUUUUCAAGUCUCACUCUUGCGUAUUUUGUAACUGCUAUAGAAUCAUUCAUUGGGGCAGUCGGGGAGCAGGGAGUGACUGUGGAUUUGCCUCCAGGAUCCAACGUGGAGGCAACCUUGCUGUUUGAACCACUGCCCCUCUCCCUGCGGGCACGGCAGACUGGAUCCUCUGGGACGCUGACUGGCCUGUUGUACCAUCAUUGGCAAGAAAGGAAGAAAGAUCUCUAUGGCGGGCUUUGUCCUUAACCUCACUUGCCCCAUGUGAGUUUAGGUGGGGCUCUGCGGUGUGCUGGGAGUGGGAGAUAAAGCGGGGGGGUGACCCCCAAGUUCCUGAUCUAGUUAAUGAUUGAACUGUGGGCUUGUUUCUGGAGAAUACAACCAAUCAACCCCCACCUUUGGAAAUACCGCAGCAUCACGCA